AUGGCUGUCGGAAAGAACAAGAGAUUGUCGAAAGGCAAGAAAGGCCUCAAGAAGAGAACUCAGGAUCCUUUCGCCAGAAAAGAUUGGUACAACUUGAAGGCCCCAUCGACAUUCAACGUUCGAGAUGUUGGCAAAACCCUCGUAAACCGAACUACAGGUCUCAAGAACGCAAACGACGCCCUUAAAGGACGAAUCUUCGAGGUCUCCCUGGCCGAUCUCCAGAACGACGAAGACCACGCGUUCCGAAAGGUCAAGCUGCGAGUUGAUGAGGUUCAAGGCAAGAACUGCUUGACCAACUUCCACGGUCUUGACUUCACAUCCGACAAGCUGCGAUCGCUGGUCAGAAAAUGGCAAACCUUAAUCGAGGCCAACGUUACCGUCAAGACAACUGACGAUUAUCUGAUCCGACUUUUCGCCAUUGCCUUCACGAAGAGACGACCAAACCAGAUCAAGAAGACCACAUAUGCUGCCAGCUCGCAGAUCAGAGCCAUCCGAAAGAAGAUGACAGAAAUCAUCCAGCGAGAGGCCACUACAUGCACGUUGAGCCAGCUGACAGGCAAGCUUAUCCCUGAGGUUAUUGGACGAGAGAUUGAGAAGAGCACACAGGGCAUCUACCCUCUACAAAAUGUACACAUCCGAAAGGUCAAGCUGCUCAAGGCACCUAAGUUCGAUCUUGGUGCUCUCCUCAACCUGCACGGCGAGAGCGCUGCUGAUGAUUCAGGCCAGAAGCUUGACCGUGAGUUCAAGGAGCCAGCUAUUCAGGAAAGUGUAUAA